CGGGGCAGGCCGGCCACGGGCCACGCCCAGCAGGCUCCUUGUCCUUUUCCCCCCGGUGGACUUCGCCCACGUUUCCAUCUUCCUCGGUAGUCACCGCCGGCACUUCAGACAGCAGCUAAAUCCAAGGCAAGAAUUCUUCGUCCAUUGUUGGCCUCUCUCCGCAUCCACCUGGUGCUGUCUUAGCAGGAGCCAAAGAGGCGCUGGCGGCCAUGGCGGCGGCAAAGCCCAUCUUGUACAGCGCGUGGAUCAGCUCGUGCUCCUUCCGGGUCCGGAUCGCCCUCAACCUCAAAGGUGUGGAUUAUGAGUACAGGGCUGUGACACGGACUGAUCCAGAUUAUGAAAAGAUCAAUCCAAUCAAGUAUGUCCCAGCAUUUGUAGAUGGGGAUUUUGUUGUUUCUGACUCCCUAGCAAUCAUAUUGUAUCUUGAAGACAAGUAUCCUCAACACCCUCUUUUGCCUCAAGAUCUCAAAAAGAAAGCUAUUAAUCUGCAGAUUGCAAAUAUAGUGUGUUCCAGCAUUCAACCUCUUCAAUGUUAUGCUGUAAUUGGUCUGGUUGACGGCACGUUAGGCUCUGAUGAGAGCCUUCAGAUUGUUCGGCGUUACAUUGACAAGGGAUUUAGAGCAAUCGAGAAACUUCUGGAAGGGUGUGACAGUAAAUAUGCUACUGGAGAUGAAAUCCAAUUGGCGGAUGUGUUUCUUGCACCGCAGAUCCAUGCCGGUGUGACGCGCUUCCAAAUUGAUAUGUCAAAGUAUCCUCUUCUGGAGAGAUUCUACAAAGCCUACAUGGAGAUCCCCGCAGUUCAGGUCGCUGUUCCUGAAAAGCAGCCAGAUGCACCAUCACCCUAGAUAUGAGGACUUGGAAGAAAUGCCAAGAUGCAUGCAGCAAUGUGGAAAAUAAUAGGCGUGCGCUCCCGGUAACCAUGGAUUAUGCAAGAGCAGCCUGCUCUGGUGCCACGCAAGAGAAUAAGUGUGCACAUUUGGCCUCUCAGUGAGAAUGAUCAUGUCUCAGUUAAUUAUUUGCAUGAUGUGUACGCUUGAUGAGCAGCAACAUAUGUGCCUUUGUCUUGAGCAACAUGUGUCAGUAGCUAGAAUGUAUAGCAUGGCCAUCUACAUAUAUGGAAUGUAUUAUUGACCUUCCUUGACUUGGAGAAUUCUACCUUCUGGAAUUAAAGGUUGCUCCACCA